AUGGACGCGUAUGGAAAACGAGGCGAACAGGGGAGAAAAAAGAAAAAGAGAAGAAAUAGGAAAAGAUCGACGACGCGCACUGUGAAAACGGGCUUUGCUCGACUCGCUUGGAAGAAGCGAGAGGCGUACGCUGCGGCUGCGCGAACCGAUGUGUGGGGCCGUUUCCUCGGUCGGAUAGCUGGCUGGCAAGUGUCUGGACAUACAAUGACUGAAAGGAAACGAUUACGUCACGAUGAUGUCAUUAGCAGCGACCACGCCCCCUACGGCGCUACCCCAUUACGCCGAAUCAUCGACCGGAUGAGUCCUCCAGGUUGCUACAGCUUUCUCUUUCUCUGCGAAACAUCGUCCUCUCUCCUCACGGACUCCUCACCCGGUCGAGAAUGGUUUCGAGGUGUAAGAAACUCCGAAGUUAAUUCGAACUAGUGGACCUCCGAGCGCGAACGCGUGGGUCGUUCGCCAUUAACAGUGCUUAAUUAAAUAAGACUUUUUCUGACUAACAAAAUCUGACUCGACUUUGCUCCAAUUUCGUUCGUCGUGUAGGUAAACUUUUCUGCAAAAACUUGAGUGCCUGCGCUGAUAUUUUACGUAUAAUUUCACGGACAUUUGCAUUUUCCUUCCUUCCUCGUCAAAUCGACUCGUGUGCUCUUCACGUUUGGAAUUUCCACGAAGGAGAGCAGGUCAGUCUCAACCUGAGAAAGUAUCCACGUUCGAACGAAGGAUCGAUUGUAGCUGAUAUAGAUAUAUCGAGCUACCAAAGGAGAAACCUCCUCGGUACCUUCCUCGGUACGAUGAAAAAGAAGUUAGUAGCGAAGGAAGGAGCCGAGGAUGACGUGGAAAAUGAAAGAAAGGAGAUCAUUGGAUCAGAUCGGACGAUCGAUAAAGGGCCCGGGUAACAGUCAUUAAGCCGACUAUUGUGAGGUAGCAACACCCGUUUGAUUGGUUAAUCUACACCUUCGUCCUCUCUGAAACACCGUCGACGAAGGACAAAAGCCUUUGGAUUUCGAUCGCAGUCGUCCCGGAGCACAACUAACUAAUAAUGACUUAGUGCGUUGUAGCAUUAAACGAACCGUUCGUUUCGGAUUUACUUCUCCGCUCGAUUGUAAAUCAGACGAGCCACUUCCGAGCCAUUUUGGUUGGGACAGAUGAUUUAGAAAAUUCUCCACUAUUUCUUGAAUAACAUAAAUUUCAAUAUAUCUUUGACGUAUCAGAAUUUGAUUACU